AUGGCGAUUGGCGAUGUGAUGGAGGGCUUGGACGGGAGUAAGGUUGAGAUGUUCUCGUUUGAGAACCAGACACGGGAGAGAGUGCUUGUCUCGCUGUUCGAGGGAGAGAGCUGCGUCCUCAAGGAGAGUUCCUUCAUCGAGAGCGGAGGGAUGUCGCCCGUGAUGGACAGCAGACCCGGUGAUGAGAUCUACGUGACAGAUCCCACUGGGAAGAUGCUAUUCAUGCAUGAAGGGAAGGCGGCGACGAAGGGGCAGCAAGAGGAGCUGACGAGGACGUGCUGCAGGGUGUUGACCGCUCUGACAGAGGCAGAGACAAUGCUGAGGUUGACUCCGAUCCUUGUUGAGCACGCCAAUCAUUGUCUGGAGGAGUGUGAGGAGAUGGAAGAGCUCUUGGGAGCCAUGUGCAGCAGAACCAGCUCGGGGGGCGAGUGUGGAAAAGUCGACGAGCGCGAGGAGGGUGGGUGUGGAAAAGUCGACGAGCGCGAGGAGGGAGAGGGAGGGGAGGCAUGCUGCAAAGAUACCGAGAGGGCGAUCGAACAGGAGCUUGAGGUGAUUGGAAACGAUCUGGUGGAGGUGGGGAAGAUUUUCUCAAGCAUCGCCUACUUGUACAACGUCAACGGGGAGGAGCAGUUCUCUGUUGAGGACAUCGUGAGGUACACCAGGGGACAUAACAGUGAAUUUCAUUUAUCAACUGAUUAA